AUGCCAACUCCAGGGUCUGCGCCAAGUUUGAUGGAAAUUAUCAAAGAAAAAUUGCGAUUAAACGGACCCCUGACAGUAGCUGAGUAUAUGCAUAUCAUUUCAACAAAUCCUACGGAAGGAUACUAUAUGAAAAAGGAUGUUAUAGGAGAAGUAGGUGAUUUCAUAACUUCACCUGAAAUCAGUCAACUGUUUGGAGAGAUUCUCGCUAUUUGGUUUUACGCUGAAACUCAGAAAAUGGGACCCGGAAAACCACUUCAGUUGGUAGAACUUGGACCAGGAAAUGGUACAUUAAUGGUGGAUUUCCUACGGGUACUCAACCGCUUUGGGUACAAAUCAGAUGAUGUCUCAUUACACCUGGUGGAAAUUUCAGAUACAAUGCAGUCCUUACAAGCAAGGAGGUUAUGCAUUACUCACAGAGCUACUGAUAUUGAGCUACCUUACUACUAUGAGGGUGAAACUGUAAGUGGUAUCAAAGUAUAUUGGUACAAUGACUUAAAGAAAGUUCCCAACAAUUUCUCAUGGUUUGUGGCUCAUGAGUUCUUUGAUGUUCUUCCAGUUCAUAAGUUUGAAAAAACAGAAGAUGGUUGGAGAGAGCUUCUUAUUGAUAUGGAUGAAAAUGGGAAGCUCUAUUAUAGAAUAUCGGGAAAGGAAACACAGUCGGCUAAAGUCCUGAUCAGGCCUCCAUUAGAUGCCGGAGACAGAACAGAAUUAGAAGUUAGUGCCAGAAGCUUAGGAAUAGCUCGGCAGUUGGCACAUCGCGUUGAUGAAUAUGGUGGUUUAGCAUUGAUAGCUGAUUAUGGUCAUGAAGGAGAGAAAGGGGAUACUUUCAGGGCAUUUCACAAACACAAAGUUGUACAUCCUCUGGAAAAGCCUGGCGAAUGUGACCUCACCGCAGAUGUGGAUUUUAGCCAGCUACGGAUAGCAGCAUCGAAGACGCCGGGUGAAGAGAACUAUGCUGUGGUGGCUGGCCCUGUGCAGCAGAAGGACUUUCUUGAAAGGUUACAGGCCAAAGCUAGAUUACAGGUAUUAAUGGACAAUGCCAAGACAGAAGAAGAGAAAGAAAAAUUAAAGUGCACCUACGAUAUGCUUAUUGAUCCGAAGAAAAUGGGCGAAAGAUUUAAAUUCUUGGCUUUCUAUCCGUCGUCAAUGGGACCUAUUCUCGAAAAAUUUCCUCCUCUUGGAUUUGUUAGCGAAAAAUGA